AUGACGCAGUCGAACUCACCCCGUCUAUACAAUAAAGUCGCCAUCGUGACCGGCGCAUCCUCAGGCCUCGGUCGAGCUAUCGCUACCCGAUACGCUCGCGAAGGGGCCAAAGUCGUAUGUGCUGAUGUAUCUCCAACAGCGCGAUCGCUCGAGGAGUCCGAUAUCACCACACACGACUUGAUACUGAAACACGGUGGAGAAGCGCUCUUCAUCCAGACUGAUGUCGGCGACGCGGCUCAGAUGGAGAGUCUCGUCAAAGCCACGGUCCAGCACUAUGGCCGACUGGAUAUCCUUGUCAACAAUGCCGGCAUAAGCCUUGAGGCCCGCAAACCGGCAGUGCUGCAUCUCACCGACGAAGAAACCUGGGAUACGACCAUGCGCGUCAACGCAAAGUCGGUGUUCUUGGGAUGCAAGUAUGGUCUCGCGCAGAUGCUGCGACAGGAGCCGCAUCCCUCGGGGGAUCGGGGGUGGAUUGUCAACAUCUCCUCCAUUAUGGGGAUGAUUGUCGGACCAGAAAAUCCUUCCUAUUGCGCAUCCAAAGGCGCCGUCAGCCAACUAACCCGACAGAUCGCCCUGGAUUACGCGCCUCACCGGAUCUAUGCAAAUGCUCUCUGUCCCGGAUAUACACAAACUGCGAUAUUCAAAGAGACGACAACCCACUUAACGCCGUGGGAGGAUUUGAAUCGGCGACAUCCACUGAAGGGGCCGGGAUUGCCGGAUGAUGUGGCUAGGAUGGCUGUUGUUCUGGCAAGUGAGGACGCAAGCUGGGUUACUGGGGUCUGUUUGCCGGUAGACGGGGGAUAUACUACUCGCUAGAUUCGACCCUUUCUCGUACGGCAAUCAUAGCGCGUAUAGACCUGAGA